GCUGGCGCUUGGUGAUAGCAAUUCUCGACUUCCAUUCGUUACUGAUAAUUGCUUAUGAUUGAUACAGGCGCAACAGAGUUGGGACGAACUAAAACUUGCAUUCAAGAGGCUAAAUAACUAAGGUGAGACAUGUAGACAGAGAUCUAUCUCGAGAACAUCUGCUGAAUCCUGAGUUUUGAGUCGAUACUACAAACUGUUGACGCACAGAUUAUCAUAAUAGAACUCUCUCUGCAGUAAAGUGCGAGCCAAAAGGAUUGGGAACUCCACGAUUCCUACCUUCAGUUUAUUCAACAUUAAUGAAGCUUAACAAGCGCUAAUAACUUCUGUUGGCUAUCAACCAAUACCCGCACCGUAUAUAUAUAAGAAAGUACUUAUCAGACAAUUACUUCUAUAUCAGAAGGCAGCUGGAUUACGGAACAUUGCUAAAUUUCAGUGAUUUAUCACCGCAGGUUUAUGAACUUUCAAAGAUCUCAAACAUGGAAAGUAGCGGGUUGAUUUCUCUCAGUUCAACGCACCAGGCAAAUAAUAUCUCGAAGCUUGCGGAAAUUGUUCAAAAUGCUACCACGUAUCCGACAAAUUCUACGGUGUCGGAACCGGACUAUAUAUUGCCAUGGUGGCAACAGUUAAUAUUUAUUGCUUUGUUUGUGGUAAUGUUUGGGGUGGCCGCAGGUGGUAAUAUUAUUGUGAUCUGGAUUGUUUUAGCCCAUAAACGAAUGCGAACAGUUACGAAUUAUUUCCUUGUCAACUUGGCGGUUGCUGAUGCGUUGAUGUCCAUCUUCAACACUCUGUUUAAUUUUAUAUUUAUCUUAUAUCAAGAUUGGUGGUUUGGAGAAGACUACUGCAAGUUUUCCAUGUUUAUUUCCCCGUGCACUAUAUCUGUUAGUGUUCUUACCUUUAUGGCCAUAGCUAUAGACAGGUACAUGGCUAUAAUCCACCCACUGAAACCCAGAUUAACAGGAAGAAUAGUUCUAACAAUAAUUGUGGGAAUUUGGGGUGCCUCGUUCUUAUUGGCACUACCAAGUCUUCUGUAUGCCACAGUCUAUGAUAUCAAUGAUGAAAAAACUAACAAUACUGUCCGAACUCUUUGUUAUCUGCUUUGGCCAGAUGGAGCAAGUAACCAAAGUACUGCUGAUAUGGCAUAUAACAUACUUCUGAUCAUCUUCAACUAUUUCUUGCCCAUGUUGACGCUAGCUGGCACGUAUGCUAGGAUCGGAUGGGAACUAUGGGGAAGUCAAGUUAUUGGUGAAACUGUACCAAUGCAAGCUGAAAGAGUCAAAAGUAAAAGAAAGGUAGUGAAGAUGAUGAUAGUGGUGGUUAUAAUAUUCGCCGUUUGUUGGUUGCCGAUGCAUCUGUAUUUUAUACUGGUCAAUAUCUUCCCGUCCAUCGUCCACAGCAAGAACAUCCAACAGAUUUUCAUCCUCAUAUUUUGGUUGGCCAUGAGUAACUCUAUGUAUAAUCCCAUAAUAUAUUGUUGGAUGAAUGCCAGAUUCCGUCAAGGUUUUGUACGAUUUUUCCGCUGUACACCCUGUCGCCAGAGUGGACGACUUGUUGGUCACGAGAGGGCGUUUUAUUCCACUCGCCUGAGUAGCGCUUCAGAGAAGUAUGAUCGAAACGGCUCGUUAAUGCAGACUCAGAUGGAUAGUUUGGAUGAUACAACAUCAACCCCCAGUGUGUACAGAAUGCAUCCGAUAAAGCAGCGGAUUCGUGAUGAUUCUAUGUGAUUUAAGAGAAGAUGUCUGAAGUUAAAGGAUAUGAGACGAGUCUAUGUACCAGACAGAAAGUAAGGGGAUAUGAGUAUUGUUGUACCAAAUUUCCUAAGAUCAGAAACGUUAAAGCUCUCGAGAUGAAUAGAAAAAACAUAAAGCUUCUCCGUAGACGAAGAGUUAACCCGAUGCCUUCUGUUGUAGACCAGCAAGAAUCGUUUUUCUACACUGGACAUCAUUUUGUUACCCGGGAAUAAUAUUUUAAAACAUAUGAAGACACCAAUAGGGAGAUUUCUUUGGAAUUUAAGAACAUUGCUUUGGAAUUAAGAACAUUUCAGUCAAGAACAUAAGAACAUCUGUACAAGAUACAUGUAGAAUCAGAUGGUUCUCAUUGUGGAUUAUUUAUACGUGUUUGUGAAUGUUCCGGACAUGGUAGGAUAUUUUCUUAUUUGCCAUCUUAAAUAAUAUGCAUUCCAAUGAUUUUCGCAUAAAAAGGAGAAUAUUGAAUGUUAUUGACGUGGCCGUUUAAGUGUUAUGGCUUUGAAUAAAUAUAUAUUUAUACAUACAUAUAUAUAUAUACAUGUAUAUUUGAAUCGUGUUUUACCAUGAGAAACAUGAUGAAUUUGAAAUAAUGAAUCUAUUGGAAGAAAGAUGUAAAUAAAACGCUAUUGUUAGUGACAUAGAUAUAUGUGUUUUGAAUAAAUAACAUUGUGAUUAUAGCCCUAAUAUCACGUGUACAGAAUCGAUAUAUACAAUGAAAAUAUACCAUUUGGCUAGACAGUAUUUCAUAUGGCUGUUGUGGGCGGAUGGUCCUUUUCUCACCCGUGUGUAAACGGUUACGAUUUAAUUAAGACAUACGCUAUUUGUUUGCUGACAUCGUUUGGGGCUGAUGGUUGAAAGUCUCUGUAAAUAAUUAUGUUGAAGUGACUGUUUUGCUCUUUAAAGAGGAUAAGUAUGUCUAGUGAAUGUGUUAUAACACUCGAGGAUUCGGUUUCUCUUUGUUUUGGACAUAUAUAUUUACAUUAAUUUAUGUUAAAGUGGUUGUUUUUUUAAUGAGGAUAAUGAUGACCCUGACAUAUACAUUUUUUUGUGUAUAUUUACGUUAAUUAUAGACCUGGAAAAGGUUCGUUGUUAUUUUUUGAAUGUGUACUCAGGGGCGCCGAGAGAAUUUGUAUGUGCCGGAGUAGACAAAGUUUGUCCCCACCCCACCCACCUGUGCAAGGCUAUUAAGACCAUAGAAUACCUUACAAAUCAUAAUUUAUCUAAUUUUAUCCCUGCGUAGCCAGAGUAGGGCAUCGGGGAUCAGAUGGGGGUCUCUGCGGUACGAAUACAGGUAACAAAUAAAUAGAUACAAAUGAGAUUUAUGAAACCCGGAACGAUGUACUAGCU